CAAAAGCGGAAGGAAAUGACAAAAGCGAUUUUGCAAAUGACAAAAGUUUGUAGAAUUUAAUUACUUGUCGUCGGAAUCAAAGUGUUGUUCGAUUUUUUCAAGUAUUAUUUACUCUAGGCAAUACAACUUAAAAUGAAUCGGGACGUGGAAUUGAAUGAUAGCGAUGCAAGUGAUAGCGACUUCUGCCCAGAGAAAGAAGCCGGUAAUGAGGUUUCUGAGGAGGCAUCUAGUGAACUUUCUAGUUGUAGCGACGAAGAUGAGAGUAACGCAAAAAUACCACAAAAAGUAAAGCCAAAGAAUAGUGAUCUUAAAAAACAGGUGAAAAAGUUAAAAGGUCGAAAACGUGCACGUGCCCAAGACGAGUCAUGUUCGAGUGAUUCCGACGAUGAGAGUGCGAUUAAAGCAGACACAGAGCGCAGACGCAACACGCGACAAACAGAUGCUUCGAAGCGAUUAUGUAGUGGUAAAGAGAGGAAUACGUUGGAUUCAGAAGAGGAAGAUAAAUCCAGAUCUAAUGCACUCUGGGCAAAUUUUCUGAAUGAUGUAAAACCAAAACAAUCGGUCCAAGUGCAUAACUCCACAAAACAGUUAAGUAGUAUCACAAAGGCUAAUAGCGCGUCAGGAGCUAAUACGGAAAAGGGACUUGAUAGCCCCCAGCAAGAUGUAAAAAGAGAAGAAAAAUCUACCUCUAAGGAAAAGCCAACGGAAACUGAAAAACACGAGACAACUACAGUAACAGAAGUUUUAGAUUUUGCGGGAGAAGAAGUGCGGGUAGAGAAAGUUGUCAAUGCUGACAGUGUUAAGGAGAAUAAAGCGAUGGUGCAACGGAUAGCUGCUGGAUCGUCGGCUUUGCGUGUCGGAUUACCUGUUGGAUUAAAAAGACCAAUGGCUGGUAGCAGUGGAAGCAGUGGUUUGGGCUCAAUACUCAAUAAGAUAGGAAAAACGAAGAAAAUAUCAGUGCUAGAGAAAUCACAGUUGGAUUGGAAGAAUUUCAAGCAAGACGAAGGUAUUGAAGAAGAGCUGAAAACAUUCAACAAAGGCAAAGACGGCUACUUGGAGCGCCAAGACUUCCUGCAACGCACCGAUUUACGGCAAUUCGAAAUUGAAAAGAACCUACGUCAGACAAGGCGCAAUAAUAACAAUUAAAUCCUACAUAGACUUAUACUACAAUAUACCUACAUACAUAUAUAUUUUAAAAACUUAAUUGACACGUACAUUCUUAUUUAGCUAUGUAACUAAAUACAUAAGUAUCUGAAACAAUUCAAACUUUCAUCUAUAUUCAUAGAGCAUGUUUACUGAUGUUCAAAUUGACUAGUUGAUAACCGCCUAUUGUAUUCCAUAAUAGAAAAAUAAAAUAUGAAUACAUUUACAAUACAUACUACACGCAUAUAAAAUGGCAAAGAAACAACAUAAAUGCUUAUGGAGCAUGAGCUAUGUUACUCAUCAGUCGCCGUCUUCAAAAAAUCAUAUGACUACACAUGAAUAUUUAUAAAAAUUAUAUAUGUGUAAUAAAUGACAGUCCAGAUAAAAUUCAAAAAUGCGUAGAAUUCUCAAAUAAAGGAAAAUUUAGCCAGAA